CAAAAACCACUUACGACUAGAAUAACUAUGAAACAUACAGUAUCGGCGUCGGCGGUAUAUGAUACCUUAAGAGGUAAUUAUAUUUACAAUAAUACAAUAUCGCAGACACUCUAGGUAAUCAAGCAAGAUAUUUCACGCUUCGAAUAUACUAGGCAACUCGAUGUUGAAAGCGUACACCAUACAUACAUACAGCCAAAGACUCUCGAUACCCAGUCCAGGUACUCGGUUACUUUACCCCACGUUAAGCGUCUUACAUGGAAUACCUAGCUUGUUGUGGUUGGCGGAUCUUCGCCUCUCAAUUUGCGGGGAAAAGGGAAAGACACGACUCCACGGCUUCGUGUAUAAAUAAACCGAAACCGUUGCAAAUUUGAAGCACCAAGCCAAUUCUCCAUAAAUAAGAUCUACUGACCCCAUACUCCCCAGUUUUAGCCUAAAGACAAUGUCUUGUUCAUUAACCAGGCUCUUGGGGGACGGGGUUCGUCAUCUCCACAGGCGAGGUUCCAUCGUGCUGGGUAAACGCCAUGUAUAAACACAAGGGCCCCGAUGUCUCAUCUCAGGUGUAGAUCUAUGCAUGCGCACAUAUUUGCUCAAAUGGACCAGGCCAAGUAAAAAGUAAAAUGCGCGGACUCUUACUCCUUGCUGCUCUUAGCCUCGCGGCUGCAGAGGACGGGCUCGACGCGUGGUUGCGAUAUGCUCAAUUGCCGCAGGACGUCAUCAAACAGGCUACUGUUCCUUCCGGUAUUGUCGCUCUUAACUCCACGGAAACAAGCCCGGUUUAUGUCGCCGGUAAGGAACUACAGAAAGGCAUUAAGGGUAUUCUCGAUAAGUCGCUCAACAUAACUCAUGAGGCCAACAGAAGCCCUUCCGUGGUCGUAGGGACCAUCGCUGCCUUCAACGACUCCGGCAUCUCGAUUGAAACUCCUGAGCUGGAGGAAGACGGCUUCUGGCUCAGCAUCAAAGGCGAAAAAGUCGAAAUUGUAGGUCAGAAUGAACGCGGUGCGCUUUAUGGUGCGUUCGAGUACUUGUCUAUGCUAGCCCAAGCGAACUUUACCGAGGUCGCCUAUGCGACAAAUCCCAGCGCAGUGAUCCGAUGGAUUAAUCAAUGGGACAAUAUGGACGGCACUAUCGAGCGUGGCUACGCUGGCCCGUCUAUCUUCUUCAAGAACAAUGCCCUGGUAUCCAAUGUGACGCGGGUCGCUCAGUAUGCUCGCCUACUAGCUUCAAUACGUGUCAAUGGAAUUGUUAUUAAUAAUGUCAAUGCGAAUGCUCAGAUCCUGAGCGACGCCAAUAUGGCGGGACUAGCUAAAAUUGCUGACGCGAUGAGACCAUGGGGCGUCAAAGUCGGUAUCUCGCUCAACUUUGCGUCGCCUCAGACUUUGGGUGGCUUAAAUACCUUCGAUCCCUUGGACAAAUCCGUCAUUGCCUGGUGGACUAAAAUCACGGACAAGCUUUACGAUCACGUACCUGACCUGGCAGGUUUCUUAGUUAAAGCUAAUUCCGAAGGCCAGCCUGGCCCGCUCACAUACGGCCGCACACUCUCCGACGGUGCUAAUCUGUUCGCGAAGGCCGUCAAGCCGCACGGUGGUAUUGUUAUGUUCCGCGCCUUCGUUUACGAUAACCAGCAUCUUAACGAGAAAAGCUGGAAAGAUGAUCGAGCAAACGCGGCCGUCGAGUUUUUCCAAGGCCUUGACGACAAAUUUGAUGACAAUGUUGUGGUCCAAAUCAAGUACGGCCCGAUCGACUUCCAGGUCCGGGAACCACCGUCGCCACUCUUCGCGCACUUGAAGCAGACAGCUUCUGCUAUCGAGCUUCAGGUUACGCAAGAAUAUCUCGGCCAGCAGUGCCAUCUGGUCUAUCUACCACCUCUUUGGAAGACGAUCCUCGACUUCGAUCUCCGUGUUGACGGUGAGAAAUCCGUCAUCGGCACCGAUAUUCUCUCUGGGAAGCGGUUUAAUAAGAAGGGCCUUACUGGUUACGCGGCAGUCGUAAACGUCGGCCAGAAUGUCACGUGGCUUGGUUCGCAUCUCGCCAUGUCUAACUUAUACGGCUAUGGUCGGCUGGCUUGGGACCCGACAGUUAACGAGGUCGAAAUCCUGGAAGACUGGACACGGCUCACCUUUGGCCUGGAUGAUACCGUUCGCGAGACUAUCACCCGCAUGUCAAUGGAGUCUUGGCCGGCGUAUGAGAAUUAUACCGGCAAUUUGGGUAUUCAGACCCUGACGGAUAUCACAGGACCACAUUAUGGACCGAAUCCACAAUCAAUGGAUAACAAUGCGUGGGGACAGUGGACUCGAGCCGACGCCUUCAGCAUCGGGAUGGAUCGCACGGUUAAGAACGGCACGGGAUUUGCGGGCCAGUAUCCGGCUGAGGUCGCCGCUGUAUUUGAGGACAUCGAAACGACACCGGAUGACUUACUCCUGUGGUUUCACCACGUCCCCUACACGCAUGUGCUGAAGAACGGCAAGACGGUUAUUCAACAUUUUUACGACGCGCACUACGCAGGCGCCGAAACAGUCGCCACCUUCCCCGCGCAAUGGGCCCAGCUCGACGGCCUAAUCGACCAGCAGCGCUUCGACGAGACGGCCUUCCGGCUGACGUACCAGGCCGGGCACGCGAUCGUCUGGCGUGACGCCAUCAACGACUUCUACCACAGCCUCUCGGGGAUCGCCGACGCGCGCGCCCGCGUCGGCAAGCACCCCUGGCGCAUCGAGGCCGAGUCCAUGGCCCUCCGCGGGUACCGCGUCACGUCCGUGACCCCGUUCGAAGCGGCCUCGGGGCGGCGCGUCGUGCAAAGCGACAGCGUCAGCGGCACCACAUCCGCGUCCGCGUCCGUUAAGCUCACUUUCGCCGCCGGGAGGUACGACGUAGCCGUGGCGUACUACGACAUGUACGAGGGCAGGGCGUCGUACGAGCUCUAUCUGAACGACGCGAAGGUCGGCUCGUGGGUCGGGGAUAACGAGGACAGGCUCGGGUACACGGUUACGCGGGCGGUUGACGGACAUUCGGCGACGAGGGCCACGUUUAGGGGCGUGGAUGUUGGGGAGGGCGAUGUGUUGCGCGUGGAGGGUAGGGCUGAUGGGCGCGAGAUGGCGCCGCUGGAUUAUGUCGCUGUGCUCCCGCCGGGCGUGGUGGAUUGAUUUGGGUACCUAAUUUAUCUUAACGGUGAGUCGUAAUUUUGGGUAUGGAUUAACAAUUUUCGUAUCUACUGCUAUUGCAAUCGGCCUCUUUAUAUUUAUUGAGACUAAAUACGCCCAUACUGAACUUUUUUAAGUAUCAAUCUGCUUCUGA